ACGGAUUCUUCGCUGGUGGGUGUUUGGCGGGAAACACCAUAAACGGAGUCGACUUUUCUGCAAGAGAGCAACAAAUCAACGGAUGUGUAACCAUGGCAACUUUGGGGCCCCGCCCACUCUCCAACGGUUUGGAGCCACACCCCAAGCGGCAGCGCACCUCUCCCUCCCCUCCUCCGCUUCCCUCCUCACAAGAUGGGAGGGACUUCCUCAAUGAUUGCCUCGCCGAUGACGACGAGGACCCUUCUACCUCUUCCCAACCUGCGAGAGAAUGCUGGAAGCGCCCCCCUCCCCCAAAAUUGGACCCCUCCUCGGACCCCCUAGUUUUCCAGCAAAUCGACAUCGACUACUACGUGGGGGCAAGUACGGUUCCGGGGAUGCCUGGAAUGGGAACGGGACCGGUACCGGUACUGAGGAUGUUUGGAGUGACUAGCGAUGGAAACAGCGUCUGUUCUCACAUCCACGGUUUCCUUCCAUAUUUCUUCGUCCCUGCACCGAGGGAGUUCUCAACUCAGCAUUGCGCAACAUUUCGAAGGGCUCUGAACACCGCGGUAAUGGACGAUCUUCGGUCUAGCCGCGACAACAUACGGGAGGCCGUGCCCGCCGUGGAGAUGUGCAGGAAGAGCUCAAUUUACGGGUUUUACUUCAACGAGAUGAGCGACUUCCUGCGGGUCACGGUGUCGCUGCCCAAACUGGUUGCACCGGCUCGAAGACUUGUCAGCUGUAUUUCUGUUCCACCUUUUGGACAAAUUGAUUACCAGGUGUUUGAAGCAAACAUAGAUUUUGAAGUAAGGUUUAUGGUUGACACUGGAGUGGUGGGGUGUAGUUGGAUAGAGCUCCCGGCCGGGAAAUACCGGUUCCGGAACCAGUCUCAGACCUGUGGAACCGGCACCAUCAUCGGAGGGGACGGGGCCUCUGAGAUGAAGCCACACCCACCGGUAACGAGGUGCCAGAUUGAAGUCGACGUUUCGUACGAGGACUUCAUCAGUCAUCCCACCAGAGGGGGAGUGGCAGGCAAUAGCUCCUGUGAGGAUCCUGAGUUUUGACAUCGAGUGUGCAGCCAAGAAGAAAGGGGUGUUUCCCGAGGCACAGCGAGAUCCUGUCAUUCAGAUUGCUAACGUCGCCGUGCUACAGGGCGAGACUGAGCCGUUUGUGAAGAAUGUAUUCACUCUUGACACAUGUGCAAAAAGUAUCUUGAAUAUUCCUCAGAUGUGCCCCCAUAGCUGGAACGGAUGUGCGUGUGUUUGCGCCUGAGACCAAACUGCGUAUGUCUGAGGCCGAGCUGCGUAAGUAUGAGGCCGAGCUGCGUAAGUGUGAGACCCAGCUGCUGAAGGAAUGGGCUGAGUUUCUGCAGGAACUGGAUCCCGACAUCAUUACCGGCUACAACAUCGUGAACUUUGACCUCCCAUACCUCCUGAACAGAGCAAAAGCUCUAAAAGUGGACUUAUUCCCAUACCUGGGACGGGUCCGGGACAGCAGGACGACAAUGAGAGAUUCCACGUUUGAUUCCAGGGCGUACGGGAAGAGAGUCAACAAGAUUAUCAGUAUAGAGGGACGAAUUCAGUUUGAUCUGUUCCAGAUUCUACUGAGAGAUACGAAGCUUCGGUCUUACACCCUAAACUCAGUCAGCUACCAUUUUCUGGGGGAGCAGAAAGAAGACGUCCAUCACUCCAUUAUUACCGACCUUCAGAAUGGGAAUGAGCAGACUCGUCGCAGACUAGCCGUCUACUGUGUGAAAGACGCAGUUCUCCCGAUCAGAUUGCUGGAUAAGCUGAUGUGUCUGAUUAACUACAUGGAGAUGGCCAGAGUAACAGGAGUACCGCUGGCAUAUGUACUGAGUAGAGGUCAACAGAUUAAAGUCGUGUCGCAACUUCUGAGAAAGGCGAGAGAAAAGGAUCUCCUGAUGCCAGUACACAAGUCUGAAGCACAGGAGGAAUACGCGGGGGCAACCGUUAUCGAACCCUCCCGUGGGUACUACAACAUUCCCAUAGCGACGCUGGAUUUCUCUUCCUUGUAUCCGUCCAUCAUGCAAGCUCACAAUCUGUGCUAUACCACACUUCUGUUCAAGUCCACAGAUAGAGAAAGGUUAACCCCGGACCAGUACAUUAGGACACCGUCGGGUAGUCAUUUCGUGAAGAGCUCAGUGAGAAAAGGGUUAUUGCCGGAAAUUCUGGAAGAUUUGUUGAGUGCAAGAAAAAAAGCGAAGGCUGAGUUGAAAGAAGAGAAGGAUUCAUUUCGUCGUAAGGUGCUGGACGGACGGCAGCUGGCUUUAAAGCUUAGCGCCAACUCCGUAUAUGGCUUUACUGGUGCUAACGUCGGGAAGCUCCCCUGCAUUGAAAUAUCACAGAGCGUGACGUCAUUUGGAAGACAGAUGAUUGAUCAGUCCAAAAACCUCGUUGAACGGAAGUACUGCGUCGCCAACGGUUACCCCUUUGAUGCCAAGGUGAUAUACGGCGACACGGACUCGGUGAUGGUGCGGUUUGGAGUCGGGACGGUGGCAGAGAGCAUGGAACUGGGACGAGAGGCUGCAGAGAUGAUAUCUGCGACAUUUCCUCAUCCAAUCAAAUUGGAGUUUGAAAAGGUGUACUUUCCAUACCUCCUUAUCAACAAGAAAAGGUACGCAGGGCUUUUUUUCACGAGACCGGAGACCCACGACAAGAUGGACUGCAAGGGGAUCGAGACAGUUCGUAGAGACAACUGCCGUCUGGUGGCCCGGCUCAUCGACACCUGUCUCCACAAACUACUCCUGGACAGGAACCCAGACGACGCACUGUCGUAUGCCAAACAGACGAUAUCCGACCUCCUCUGCAACCGAGUGGACAUAUCUCAACUGGUCAUCAGUAAAGAGCUCACUAGGACAAGUGCCAGCAAGGAAUAUGCCACUGGACCUAAACUGGCUCAUGUUGAACUAGCUGAACGGAUGAGGAAGAGGGACCCUGGCUCUGCCCCAAACCUUGGCGACCGAGUACCUUACGUCAUCAUUGCCGCCAAGAAAGGCACACCGGCUUACAUGAAGUCUGAGGACCCGCUGCAUGUCCUAGACAACGGAGUACCGAUUGAUACGUCCUACUAUCUCGAAAACCAACUGCUCAAACCUCUUCUCAGGAUAUUUGAACCCAUCCUCGGAGAAAGGGCCAAGAACGAACUCCUGCACGGCCAGCACACCAUGAGUAAGUCUGUGGUCCCGUCUUCCGGAGGCAGUGGAAUGCUGUUUAAAUUCACCAAGAAGAAACACAAGUGCAUAGGUUGUCGUGCCGUCAUUGACAGAGACGAUCAAGCUGUGUGUGCCCACUGCUCUAAGGACGAAUCGUCCAUCUACCAGAGAGAAAUGACUCACCUCGCUGAUCUAGAAAGAAAGUUCAGUCGUCUCUGGACCGAGGUGUCAGCGGUGUCCAGGGGAGUCUGGCACGAAGACGUCAUCUGUACCAAUCAAGAUUGCCCGAUAUUCUACAUGAGGAAGAAGACUCAGAAAGAUCUAAAUGAACAGGACAAAACCAUCAGACGUUUCACGGCAUCGGCUUAUGAUGGGGACUGGUAAAUAAUGCGUUCUCCAUUAUUAUUAUAAUGCUACUAAUAUUGAAUGAUGACUGCAGCAAUCUCAAACUCAAUUGGUUUUUCAUUAUUAUCUGCGUAAUAAAAUUGCUUAACUUUAUCAAAUAAGACCAUCAAACGCUUUAAAACAUCAGCUUAUAUAUGGGGGACUGGUUAGCUAUAAUUAUAGCUUUAUAAUGUUCUUGAUUAUGCUACGGCUGAAAUGCUUUUACAUGUGUGACACUGUCUAUAACUAAUAUGACCAUUUUUUUCAUUGUAGCUAGCUACCUACGUUGUUCAAGUUCAGCUGUACUUUUGAAGGGCCGGAUCCUUUAUUUGACGUAAAGCUGGAUUUGUUCGACCGCGAUUUGCUCAUUGGCCACCAGAUUGGUAAAACAAAAGCGCAUAUCGAUGGGAUCGGGGAGCUUUCUCCGAGUGCUUGACGAAGUAACGAUGGUUCUCGCGACUGCAGCAUGUGCUGGUCGUCCCCUCCCUCGCAGCCAAGUCCGUCCCACAGUACGUGUCGGUGAACGCAUGCCGUUGAAGUCGCCUAUCUCGGCCGCAGCCAAAUCCCGCCGUUGCUGACGAUUCACAGAAGUAAUCCUCUCCGACGAACGCCGUGGGUGAGGGGCGCCCGCUUCGCACGGGCACGCGCCGGCUGGCGUGAGCGCUUGGGACGGUUACCUUUCGUCAGUCCGACGACGAAGGACCAGAUGUGCGUCGCCAGGUCCGUAGUCGUAUCGUCUAGCGUGCCGCCGCGCAGUGAGGCUUAUUCCCGCUCAAGUACGGAUAGUUGAUGGAGUUCUCUCUCCGGCCGGAACGUUGAAGAAGGCUCCAGCGCUGCCGAUCUGGUACGCAGCGAUCCUUCCGCAAACGCUAGAGUACGGCGUUGCGCUGUUGAUCGCCACAGGCCCCAGGCAACCACCGGCGCUUGUAGCACCUGUCGCGCUGGCUAUGCCGGCCACGCACACGUGGGGUCGGGUCUGUGAUAGACCUGUGACAGUGUUGGCUGUCGGCGAAGUCGGAGCUUAGAUCCGUACAAGGAGGCGAGUCGGCUCUUCUAAGUCGAAUUUAUAUUUUCCUCCAUCCGUGCCGCCACACGUGGUGCGUGAACUGGUAACCAGAUCAGCCAUCUCCUUCUUUCUCCUCCAAUCUUCCGCUAUCUCGUCGUACUCGGCCGUUAUCUCCUCCGCGUGCUGCUCGAGCGCGGGCCCCGUCUCUCCGGCGAGCCCCGCCACCGCUCUCUUAGCGCUCUCAAGAACCUCAACGUCCUCUUUCAGCUCUUUGAACGCGCACUUGAACUCAUCCAGAACUGCCGAAACGUCGUCCACUUUGCAGUUGAGCUCGUCGGAUUUAGUCAUCAGUUGCUGGAGGAGGUCUUGUGCCUGCUGUAUCUUCUGGGAAACAUCUUGGCCGUUGCACAUGGCCGUUUGCAGCAGGGAGGCUGCUAGCAGAACAAGACAAGAGGAGUAGAAAUUCAAAAUCGUCAUCAUAGCUCGUGGGCUUGUCUCUUUUUCGGUAGUUUGCUAACUAACUAACUACUUGCGUGCUUGGAGUGAUAGCUACUGCAAAAUAUUCAUCAUGGCUCUGG